AGGUUAGCUAUAGAAAAGGGGGGGGUCCGUUUUCAGAAAGAUGACUGGGACAUUUCAACGUUUUCCGAAAACGAAAAGAAAUUGCUAAAGACGCUUUACGAGGACGCAGAGGUGGCUUGUAGAACAUACGGUAAGUAUAAUCCGAGCAGGGGCAGCGUGACUCGAAGUGACGCCAUGGAGUCGACUCUAGUAUCGGCUGAUACUGGCAAGCAAAAGAAAUGA